AUGCCUGCCGUUUGUUCAUCGGAUGGCCUUCUGAUGAACGUUUUGGAGCGUCCGCAAGCGUGUGGAUGUACUACGAGUGAGUGCGAUGGUCUCACUUGUGGUACGGUCGUUAGUACGAUUGCACAAGAUCACAGUGUAGCAGGCCAAUACACUGUGAAACCAUCUUCCGGCACCUGUGUAAAGACACAGGCUGCGCCGAAGGUUCACCACUCGAAGAGAUCGAGUGGACUGGAACACGGACGCACUACAAGAAGGGUGCAUCCGAGAAGAGAGACUAGUGUCGUUCAGGAUGAACUUCACGUUGAAGCGAGAUCGACUAUCAGAGAGUCGAUCGAAGAGGACGUGACUGUGGUAGCACACCCACAGCUAGUACGCGUAAUGGAAGAAAGUUCCAGCGUUCCUGAGAGUGAUAACUUCCGAGAGAGUGAUGUUGAGGGUGUGGAUCCCCAACCACCUGCGGAUGUGUUUUCCCCGGAAAUCACCGAGUCAGUUAAUGUCUUGGUGAAUGACGGAUCAAGUGUAGGCGCUUAUACACUUGAUCUGGUGACGAACCUGAAGUCAGCUUCGGAUGUAGUCAAGCUGUCAACGCACGAACCUAAAAGGUUCAUGCGAGAUCUGCGUAGCGACAAGAUCAAGCAGAUCUGCGCACUCGUCACAGAGGACGAGUAA